AUGGAUUUUACGGUAAGCCAACCCGGUGCCAGAGACAGCAUCAUCCCUCAGAUGGCGCAAUCCGCGAUUCGCAAUGCGCAGUCCGCAGUUCGCCCUGAUGACCAUCGAUCGACCCUCCACCUCAAUCUCACCACGCACAUGACCAUCAAACUGACGCUUUUCCAGAUUGCUCUCACCCAUUUCUGCGAGGCCCACGGUCCUAAAUCCGUUCUCUGUACACAAGUCCUACCUUUAGAAUGCGCCUUAUGUCUGCCGCCCUCACCUCCUUUACGAGCCACACAAUCCUCGGAUUCCCUCACCACACAAAUCCACGAUCCAUCCUUGGAAUCCCAGCCUUCUCUUAAUAAUCCCCCACCGCUACGAAAGACCAAUACUAAUCUCACACUCCCGACCGACUUCUCCGGCGCCUCAACCACGGUCGAUUCCGAGGCCGAACCCGACAGCCCCACCAUUGAAAAACAUCCCUUGUUUAACCCUCGAGAUCAAAAGCUCGAUAUUCACUCUCAGUACCGCUAUGGCCGUGCCCAGGGCGACACCUGUGCAAGCUGUAGUUUUAGCGUCCCCAAUCGCAUUGCUGAGAAACUCCCUGCUGGAGCGCCUGGAAGCAGAAGAGCAGACGGCAAACAGAACCCCAAUUCAGGAGCCCCAGUUCUCAGAUCAAGAGAAUUCGUUUGUCUGCGCGAGCGAAGGCGUACAAACAGUAGCGGCGGGACACAACCCUCGUCCUUGAGUUCUUCCCUGGGUUCUGCCAGUUCAAAUCUAACCUCACAUGCGCAUUCCCACUCUGAGGAUUGCCAUGAUCACACGCUCACAUAUCUAACAGCGAAAUCCCCAGACAAUCCAGAGAGCUUCGCCCAACUCCGAGCUUCCGUCAUUCGAACACUGUCCUGUGAACUCCUGCCCCGCGGCAUGUCCGAUGGACCUUUCUGCUUUGGAGAUUCAACUACAGGGUAUACAAUUGCGUAUGUUUUUCGACUCACAGAUCCAAAAGCACGAGGCCGACGGAGAGCAUACGCAUUUGUCGCUCUCGCAGGCAAAGAUGCGAGUCGUGCAUUUCAAGCCUGUCCAAUGCUUUGGGAGGCUUUUGCAAAUAUGGCCAAAGGGAUUGAAUCCGCUGCCCAACGCCAUCAAGAAGCCCAAAGGCGCAAAGAAGAGAUUGACGCCAGUUCACCCGAGGCUAAACCUCGGAAUUAUACCCCUGUGUCAUCGUUUUUGACUUCGCGGAGUAAUGAUCCUGAUGGUCACCCUCGAAGAGCUGGACAUACCGCCCCACGCUCUUUGGCCGAAAUCGUGGGUGAUGAGAACAUUUUCACAAUCCUACACCAGUAUUUCGUGGCUCUGUUACGAUGUCUAGGUGACCAAUUUGGUGGCUUGCCACUAGCCGAGAAGCCGUCUGUAUAUCAGUCUAUAGGCGAAGAAUCGCCUCGUUUUGCCAAAGUAAGCGCUGUUACCGCAGAACAUCGAAACGCAAGAAGACAGAAGACAUCAGAAAAACUCGAUAUCGAUGUCCGCCAUCUUGAAAGCUUACGCGACGACGACCUCACACCGACGCCAAAACCGACGGUCAAUGACCCAAAUCCACCCAAUAAUCCGUUGUCGUCGCCGCCACCCAAAGACGAUCUCGAAGUCGCUAAGAAGAGAGCAAAUAAGGCAUUUAAACGCAAUCCUCAGUGUGCUCCGUUGGCGGUGGCUGAAACUGCACAACGGCAGGUCCACGUAGGGAUCGGAGGGCAGAAUAUUGCGGUCAGAUGA